AUGGAUGAUACCGAACAGCGAUUAUUAGAAAUUGAAUCACUUGCUUCCAUUUUCCCCGAUUUACUUACGUCUACAAGUGAAACACAAUUAAUAUUCGACUUCGAUAAAGACAUGAAAUUAACUAUUGUUUUGCCCACAGAUUAUCCAUCAAAAUCACCUCCAAGUUUUGAGCUGAGUGGCCCCUAUUUAAAGCCACAAGAACGCCAUCGCCUUCACGAUUUGUUAAACAACGCUUAUCUAGAAAACAUCGGAUUUCCUAUAAUUUUUAACUGGAUAACAAUCAUUCAGGAUUAUCUAAGAGAAGAAGAUUUCAUGAAAAUCAAACACGGCGAGGUAUUGAGCGAUAGGAAAAGUUACUUUCAAGCGCAUCUUUCCGAAAUAUCAUGUAAAGAAGAUGUGGAUCGAGUAAUGAGCAUAUUAAAAUCGAAUUCUAAGAUUAGGAGGGCAACGCAUAACAUUUUAGCAUAUCGAUAUUCAAAGUACACAAACGGGAAGGAAAUAAAGUAUCAUGAUUGUGAAGACGAUGGCGAAACAGGUGCCAGUUCCAAGAUGCUCGAAUUAAUGGAGCGGAUGAAAGCGAAUAAUGUGAUGGUUGUGGUUACCAGAUGGUACGGUGGUAUUCACCUCGGACCCGAUCGUUUCCGUCAUAUUAACAAUUUAACUCGACAGAUUUUAAUAUGCUCAAAUAUCCAUGUAGUUAUUGCAUUUUUCAUGUAUUUGGUUAUCGAUUUAACAAUAUGCUUGAUUUCACUUUUAAUCGACACAUUUUUCACAUUUGUGACCAAAAUUUUUCGGCUGAAAAUCGGAGAAUUCGAAUUUCAGGCAAUCACAGUCCACCAAUUUCUUGCAACUGAAGCCCCUGGAGCCGAAGAAGCCGUAUUUUUGUUUCUAAUAAUCCCGGUUUUCAUCUAUUCGACUGGAAUUUUCGUGGCGAUGCGAAUGUUUACCUACGCGACAACACGUUAUAGGGGAUUUUAUGAUGUUGAUGAAGGAUUGCGGGAAGAAUUGAACAAACGAAUCGCUGAACAAGAAGAGAUAAUCAUGCUUGGAAGCUGA